AUGUCGCCAGCACUCUUCGAUGGAAGCAAACCCAUGGUUAUGUCACCGUUAUUCUUAGGUGCUUCGGCGUUGGUGAUUCUAGCCUAUCUUAUUAGAACCAUACUUUUUUGGCCCCAAAAGUUAGAUUUUCCAGUCGUGGGAAAACCAGGUUCUGUCAAUUGGCAAGAGGCAUUACGUGAAGGCGCAGCGAGAUACCCUAACACACCAUUUACCCUUCCCAGCGAUCCUCCCAUGGUUGUCCUACCCCAUUGCACCAACGACGAAGUCCGCCUCCUCCCCGAAGAAAAAACAUCCUUCCAGAAAGAACUUGAACGCAUUUUCCUCUCAGCCCAUACCAAAUUCGGCAGGGAUGCACCUGUCGUCGUUAAAACUGUCAAAACUGAUUUAACACGUCAUGUUGCAUCAACUACAGGUCCUCUCCAAGACGAACUGCACUAUGCAUUAGAUACGGAACUUGGCACAUGCGAGUCUUGGAACAAAGUGAUUUUGCUUCAGAAAGUACUCAGGAUUGUGGCCCUGAUUAGUGGGAGAGUCUUUGUGGGAAGACCUCUUAGCAGAGACGAAGAGUGGCUACAAACUAGUAUUAAUUAUACAGCUGAUUGUAUAAAAGCGAAAAAUGCUGCGCUUCAAUGGCCGGCAUGGACAAGAUAUUUUGUAGCACCAUUCCUGCCUGAAAUUCAGAAGGUUCAAGCGCACACGAACAAGGCAGCAGAAUUGUUGAAACCGGUUAUUAAUGGAUGUAUUCAGAGGUUUAGAGAGGGAAAAGUACUGGGCGGGGAAUCGGGUGAUGAAUUUGAAGAUGACCAGGGAGCGUUCGUUAGUUGGAUGAUGAAGCACACAAGUCCGGAGCUUAGAGAGAAUCCUUACAACUUGGCCGUAAACCAGUUGACUCUAUCAUUCGCUUCAAUUCACACAACGAGUUCGGCUAUCUAUCAUAUCUUAUUAGAUCUCGCUUCACAUCCGGAAUUUAUCGCACCUCUCCGCGAAGAAAUCGAACAGGUGAUCGCAGAAGAUGGAUUUGAUAUUGAUGGCAAUGGAAAAGAAUGUUUGAAAAAACAGUCAUUGACAAAACUCAAGAAAUUGGAUAGCCUCUUGAAAGAAAGUCAGAGGCUGAGUCCCCCUAGUAUGACCGCAAGUCUCCGCGUAACAACCGCUCCCCUUCACCUUUCCACCGGCCAUACCAUCCCCAAGGGAACAAGCGUUGUAUACGAUUCCCACGCAGUCAACUUGGCAGGCCCCAACGUCUCUUCGCUUCCCAACGAUCCUUCUACGAUGCCUAAACUCGAUCCUCCUAAUGUUUUCUCUCCCUUCCGCUUCUCUUCAAUACGUGAAACUCCGGGAAAUAACUCCAAAUAUCAAUAUGUGACAACGAGUAAGGAUUCUAUGAAUUUUGGACAUGGUAACCACGCAUGCCCAGGUCGUUUCUUUGCAGGAGUUGAAAUCAAAGUAGUUAUGGUAGAAUUGUUGAGGAAUUGGGAGUUUAGAAAUAUCGGGGAUAAAGAGAUGAAGGGAGGCGAGAGACCAGGAAACAUUGUUCUUGGUAAUUUAAUUCAUCCGAAUCCGGCGGUGCAGCUCGAAUUCAAGAGGAGAGCUUAA